GUGUGCUGAUGACAGCCCGAGUCGCCGAUCCAAACCAACAUCGUCGUCACGUCGGUUAUUUAGUAAUUUUACGUGAACAGACGGACUAAUCAAAUGAACCGAUAACACGCAAGAAUACGUUUUCGUAGCACGUCGAUGGUUCCUCAUCCACCUGUGUUUUCACCGGUAUCUUCAACCAUCGGUCAAGCACCUUCCGACGUGCAGCACGAACUGUGUACACACACCAGAGCGGCGCUACGCACUGUACCAUAGCCCACAGGAUGUAGCGCAUAUUUCAUAUAUCUAAUGCAGUCUUUCAGAUCUUUGACGGUACACGCCGCCUAGUUGUAUCAACUAUGGUACGAAGGACGCUGCAAUUGCUGAGAAUGAUCUGGCUCAAGUUAAAACGCAAGGGUGUGUUAGCGGUAGCAUUGCUAGCCCUGAUCGCGGUAGCAUUGCUAGCCCUGCACGCGCUAGCACAGACACUGGGCUCAACCCUCAGAACCAACGACAGCAAGGCAGCAGAGUCCGACAACGCAAUGCAAGACACACGCGAGACGGAAUCUAUCGCAGACGAGUUUCAUCGAGAAGAGAUCGCGAAGCAGACUUCACGUCUACGUAACCACGCCGCGCGCAACAGCAACGAGGCAAACUAUAAACGCGCGAUUGAUAGCAACCCGGACACUUCGCGGCUGGGUGGCAUACACCGUCACGCAAACAGCAACCAAGGGCGGUCAAAAUCCAUACCAAACCGAAGACGAAAUAAUGCCGUUUAUCGUGGUAACAGAUUCGUGCCUUUCAAGCACGCGCCUGAGAAUGCGAACAACGAACUCAGCGUGGAUCACGCGUACAUCAACGCCGACGUAAUGUCGUCGUUCCCAGUCGAUAAAGACGUCGGCGUCGCUCGAUUUAUCGACAACCCGAGAUGGGUUCCCGUGCACCGCAACCAACGCGCGUAUAACCGCUCUGCGCUAGAACAACUAAACCACGCCGCUCCGCCUUCGCACCUCCCAGCCGAACGUUCACGGGCGCCGCUAGAGGGCGGCGUCAUCGUGUACAACGUCACGGUGGUCUACCGGCCGCGUGCCGGCAUCGGCAACCUCAUGUUCCAGCACGCGUCGACGAUAGGCAUCGCCCGCGCAAACGCCAUGAACGUCGUCGUCUCGCAACGCGCGCGUCUGCUCGGCCACUUCAACCUGACGGCGCUGCGGUCGCCGCUCGACGCGGUGGCGCUGCGAGACGGCUUCCGGCGUGUCGACCUGCGCGCCGCCCAGCGGUACGAGCCACGCGCGAUGGACCUGCCGCGAGGAGUCAACGUGCAGCUAGUCGGCUACCUGCAGUCGUACAAGUACUUCGCGUCGCUCGCCAACGAGCUGCGCGGAGAGUUUACGUUCGAUGCCGACGUGCGGCGACAGGCAGACAUCGUGUGGCGACGGAAGGUCGGCAAUGCGCGCGGACGCGACGCAGCGGCAGUGUUCGUUGGCGUGCACGCGCGGCGAGGCAACAUUCUAGACGCCGACAAACAGCGGCAGGGAUACGUAGCAGCCGACGAGCGCUACCUGGCGGCGGCGAUGGGAAUCUACCGCGCCAGAUAUCCCGGCGCCGUGUUCGUCGCGUCCAGCAACGACCUGGCGUGGUGCCAAGCAAACAUAGAUGGUCCCGACGUUGUUUUCAUGGACGACGGCCAAGCGCCGGAAGUCGACAUGACAAUUCUGCGCAUGUGCGACCACACAAUCAUCACCACGGGGACGUUCGGCUGGUGGGCGGCGUUUCUAACAGGCGGUGACGUCAUAUAUUUCUCGAAGGGAGCCAGACCAGGAAGUUUAAUAGCAGCACAGACAUCGCCCACGGAUCAUUAUCCACCCCACUGGGAAACAGUGUAGGCAGCACACAGGUUUACAUAAUUAGUCACGCAAGCGCAGAGACGCAUCGUGUACAGGCCUACAUUAAAUGACUGCAAACACAAUGGGUUGACGUCAAAGGAAGUGCACGAGAGAAAGCAGACGACCUAACUUCUUAACCAUAGCUGUGAGUGUCACCACGAUUGAACACAUACGAACAUGACACUGCAAUAGUUGUCCGCGUGUAACGCAGUAAACUUAAACGUCUAUCGCCGAUGUGGAGAACACGUUCUUGGCAGAAGUACCUAUUUCGCCGACAACGACCGUUGGCCGCCGCGUAAAUAAAACCCAGAUAGUCGAAUGCAACGUGGAAGGUUGGUGUAUCCCUACAACAACAAGUAAACAACGAUGCAACAAACAAAGCCAUUUGCGAGGCAACCAAAAACAACAGCGGCGCUCGACCACUGGAUCUAAUGUGUGAUAUGUGCGAGUGUUGGGCAUAUUUCAUUCACAUACGGAACACGCUGAUCAUCAUGUGAGGGAUCGUUUUCGAUGUAUGUUAAAUAUAAUUGUUGUUGUUACUGAAA